UGAGUUUUUUUUUCCAUAUUUUUGUUUUUUAAUGGAUUUUAAUUUCUAGUUGCUUUUUUGCUACAAUAUGUGUUUUUUUAAAUAGGUUUUUGCAUAUUGAUGGAUUUAGAUGGUGUUCAACCUAAUUAUCCUUCUUCUUGUGUUACUCAUUCAGUUGGUGAUAUUUAUCGUACUCCAGAGGUUGUUGGAUCAUUUAGCCCUGGUGGUACCACUAAGGAAUGGAUUCCAAAUGUUCCCAAGGAGUUAAAACCCAGUUUGGGUAUGAUAUUUAAAGAUCCUGAAGAGGGUCUUAGUUUUUAUAAAGCAUAUGCAAAUGCCGCUGGGUUUACUUCUAGGAAAUCUACUACUAAAAGGAAGAAGAAUAACAAAGAUAUAAUUGCUUUUCAAUAUGGAGUUUGCAAUAAGGAAGGUUUUAGGGCAAUAAGAAAACCUAUUGCUCAACAAACAGUUUAUGAAGAAGGAAAAGUUCAUAUUACUAGGAAACGUUUAGUCACUCGUGUAGGAUGCAAUGCUCACAUAUGUAUGAGAUAUGAUGCUGGAAAGUAUGUUGUAACUCAUUUCAAAGAAGAACAUAAUCAUCCUUUAUAUACUCCAAGUUGUGCAAAAUUUCAGAAGGAUAAUAGAAAAAUGCAUAUUAUGCAUAAAAAGUUGAUUGUUGAUAAUUCAAAGGUGAUUUAUUUUUAUGUACUAAAUAAUGUUUUUUUUUUGUUUUGAUUUACUAUGUUCUAAAGUUAAUUCUUAAUCUUAGUAAUAUUUUUUUUUUCUAACAGGUAAAUGUUGGUCCUGUGAGGUCUUAUACUAUGAUGAAAGAAUUAGCUGGAUCACAUGAUAAUGUUGGUGCAUCUAAACAAGAUUUCAAAAAUUUUUAUAGA